AUGGCCCCCGGCCAGUGGCCUGCUUUCCUGGCCUUCUAUGCGGGAUUCUGGGCCCUGCAGAACUUUGCCAGGCCCCUGCGGCUCUCGCUGGCGCUCGCGCUGGCACCCGCCUUUGACCGCGCCAUAACGGCCAUCGGAGAACGCCUCAACGUGUCCAAGGGCGCCGCCUUUGGCGUGUUCCUCUUCUGCAUGGCCGUCGUCACAACAACCACUCUCUUUGGCUCGCUGUACCUGCUGGGCGGCUUCCCGCCUGUCAAGUGA